GAGCAGCUCUUUCCCGCUGAAGUGGUGGAGGCCCGGGCCCUACUGGCCCCUGUCGAUCCUCCUGGCUGCCCUUCGUUCCCCGGGGGUCUGCUGGCUGGGACGCUGUGGGGACACAAGCGGCGUCAGGAACAGGACCAAAGACUACGGGCCAGACUAAGGGAGGAGGGAGCUGUGGUGAUGUCAGCCAUUUUGGAGCGCUGGAAAGCCCUGGCGGCAUACAGUCGCAGAGACAGCAUGGCUGCCUAUCUCACCAUCGCCCGGCAGUGGUCAGGGUUUGGCUGCACGCUCUAUGAAGUAGACUUUUACAUUAGCUCGACAGGAAGCUUCUCUCAGAAGUUGUGGCUGGGCGUGGCAGCUUCCUGUGUGUCUCUGUAUCGUCAGGGUGAGGCUGAAGCACUGGAGUCUCUGCCAAUUGGUCAGAUCUGUUCCUAUGGCGUCUCUGAUAGCAACACAUUCAGGAUCACAGCAGGAGACCGAGAUCUGCUCUUCGAGACCUCCAAGCUGACUGAGAUCAUGCAGCUGAUGAAUGCUUACUUCAGUGCCACCCGUCGCCAGCUAGGCAAGGAUGACUGCAUCUCCAUGGAGACAAACCCUAAGCUCCACCCCUCCCUACUUGAGCUCCCCUCUCACCCGGUGUGAAGAGCGAAGGACUCGUGCACACACACACACACACACACACACACAUACACACACACACGGAUACUGACUGAUGCACACGUGCACAUGCAGUCUUGACCGAAUGCUUCCCUGUGAGGAGCUUUUGCGAAGAGAAUGAACUCAGUUGAGACUGAAAGGAGCAGAUGCUGUGGAAAUGGAGGAGGAGUGGAAGGCGUCCAGGGAGCCACAAACAGCAGAGCAGGUUCAGGAACUCACUUGCUACACCGCCAGCCAAAUCCAGAAAGGACACGGGGCCCUCAACCGGCCCUUGCCACCUGGAAGAUCGCCAAAUAUCACAGAGAGCAUAAUAGCCUGAAAUCAUUUUUUAAGCAGUAUUUUUGCCUUGUUUUUUAAAUGUUUAAACAUCCUUAAAACAACAUUAAUUUAUUUUUAUUUGCUUUGGAAAUGUUAAUUUUCCUUAAACUCGUCAAGUAUUUAGACUAAUUGUGCGACUAACUUUUCAAGAAAGUGUUUUUUUUUUUCUUAUUUUGCAUCUCAUGUUAAUUUACCUUGUUUAAAGGAUGUUGCUUUUUUAUUGGAAAACAUGACAAAAAUAUAUAUUUUUUUUUUUUUUUGCUUCGUGGUAAUGUCUUUUGUAUUUCACUGAAGGAAGUCAAGGCAAACACGCUGCCACUGCAGUCACACGCAAACACUCGCUCAGCUUUAAACGUUCCUUUCCAGACUCCUGGCUGGAUCGCCAUUAAACUCAUUCAUCAAACCGUACCUGACCUUGAAGUGACAGCAGGUGCGUGUCACUUUGACGUCGACCUUCAGAACUGUCCUAUACUGAAGCGACAGAUUUGAACAUUUGAAGCUGUAGAAACCAAAGGAUCCUUAGCUCGUCUGUAUGAUGUAUUUGUGAAAUGCUUUGAGCCCGACCUGGUGCUGCUUGACUGUGCUGUUAGCUUACAGUAACUCUGCACUGUGCUUCCUGUAGCCAUAACAGCCUCCGAUCUUCAGAUCCGGUUAAAACCAACUAACUUGUGUGCAGCCUGGACAUUUUCCAAAAAUGGAAUUGGUUCAAACCAAGCUUCCCAGACCUUUUGAACAUAUUUUCAGACACUGAAGAUAGACAAAUAAUCAACACUAUUGAUAUGCAUCAUUGUCAUCCCGUAUUCUAAAGAUGGUACAUUUCCAUUUAAGGGAUAGUUUACCCCAAAAUUAAACCGUAGUCGUCAUUUAUUUGUCCUUCUUUCAUCUUGUUGAACACAAAAGAUAUAUUUCUGAUAUUUUCAUAUUUCGAAAGUAAACAGUCAAAAACAGCAUUACUUUAUAUAUAUAUAUAUAUAUAUAUAUAUAUAUAUAUAUAUAUAUAAAA